AUGAAGAGCUACAGACUGGUGUACAGCCCGGAGCCGAAUGAGAAGAGGUUUUUGUUUACGAAUGUGAGCAUUAGUGAGCUGGCGGUGCCGGUGCUGAUAUCGAGGGAGAAACCUGUGAAAGAGGAGGUCGUGUUCAACACGAAGAAGAAGAGCGAACAGAUUGAGUAUGAGGACGAUGGAUACAGAAAGCUGAAGGAGAAGGAGGGAUGCUUGCUUGUUGUGGAGGACAGCGAGAACAGGGUGUACUCUGGGAAGAUGCAGGACCUAGGUGCGAGCGGAUCAUGCUAUUUUGUGUUUAUCAACAUGGGGACGUAUCUGAAGGUGGUUUCUGUGAGGAAGUGGUACAGGUUCAGCCAGAGGAUGCAACAGGACAUUAUACAGGACAGCGAGGGAGAAGCAAAUGAAGGGGAGAUGAUGAGAGUUGAGCGGGACAUCAGCUCAGAAGAUGAACGGGAGGACAUUGACUUUGAGGAUGAUUUUGAUGACGAUGAUGGAGAAGAAGCAAAUGUGUUUGUUGUGAGGGAGAAGCGGCUGAAUAGUGCAGGGCACAAGAUGAGGAACAUUAUGGAGAGCUAUGAGGAGAAGGAAAGCGAGUCUGAAUCAGCAGAAGGGGAUGCAAAUAGCAAUGGCCAGCAGGCAAAGGCUCUUACAAAGGCAGAGCUGUAUGAGAUGCUGCGUGGGAGGAGGAUUGCACUCCGUGAUCUUCUGAAGGGAAUCAAAGCACAGUAUGGGCUUGAAGAGGGGGAGAAAGAGCUCUUGAAGGAGUUUAUUGGAGAAAGCUGUGGGUUUGAGGUUGACGAGACGAAUGGAGAGAAGUAUGUGUUUUUGAAGAAAUAA